GUGAGGAGGCGGGGAGAAGCUGCGAGGUCGAAGGCGGGGCGGGCGGCUGCCAAACCAGCCAAUAGGCGGCUCUCCAGCGGCUGAGCCGAGAGAGGGCAGGGGCGCCGACACCAGCACCAUCGCCUCCUAAGUUUCCCCUUGUGGAUGCAGGGCGCGGGUGGCUCCGCUCCUCCCGGCGCAGAGGGCCCCGAAGAGGCCGGAGGAGAGGGCUCGGGACGGGAUUUGUGAGGAAGGGGAGAGGACGGGCGCCCCACCCGCUCGCAGGGUGGGGGGCUCGGUGAACGAUGAAGGGCCGGCGGCGGCGGCGCCGGGAGUACUGCAAGUUUGCGCUGCUGUUGGUGCUCUACACGCUGGUGCUGCUGCUCGUCCCCUCCGUACUGGACGGCGGCCGCGACGGCGACAAGGGCGCGGGGCACUGCCCGGGCCUGCAGCACAGCCUGGGAGUGUGGAGCUUGGAGGCGGCGGCGGCGGACGAGCGCGAGCAGGGCGCCGAGGGGCGGCCGGCUGCCUCGGGGGGCGCGGGCCUGUCCCCCCCGUCCCCGGGCAACCUCAGCGGCGAUGUCGCGGAGGCGGUGUCUCGCGAGAAGCAGCACAUCUACGUGCAUGCCACCUGGCGCACCGGCUCGUCGUUCUUGGGCGAGCUCUUUAACCAGCACCCGGACGUUUUCUACUUGUACGAGCCCAUGUGGCAUCUCUGGCAGGCGCUGUAUCCGGGCGACGCCGAGAGCCUGCAGGGCGCGCUGCGCGACAUGCUGCGCUCCCUCUUCCGCUGCGACUUCUCGGUGCUGCGGCUGUAUUCGCCGCCCGGGGACCCCGCCGCGCGCGCCCCGGGCGCGGCCAAUCUCACCACGGCCGCCCUCUUCCGCUGGCGGACCAACAAGGUCAUCUGCUCGCCGCCGCUUUGCCCCGGCGCGCCCCGUGCCCGCGCCGAGGUCGGCCUCGUCGAAGAUGCCGCCUGCGAGCGCAGCUGCCCGCCUGUGGCUCUACGCGCCCUGGAGGCCGAGUGCCGCAAGUAUCCGGUGGUGGUCAUCAAGGACGUGCGCCUCCUCGACCUGGGUGUGCUGGUGCCUCUGUUGCGUGACCCCGGCCUCAACCUGAAGGUGGUGCAGCUUUUCCGUGAUCCACGGGCCGUGCACAACUCGCGCCUCAAGUCCAGGCAGGGGCUGCUGCGUGAGAGCAUCCAGGUGCUGCGCACCCGCCAGCGGGGCGACCGCUUCCACCGCGUGCUGCUGGCGCACGGCGUGGGCGCUCGGCCCGGGGGCCAGUCCCGCGCCCUGCCCGCCGCACCGCGCGCCGACUUCUUCCUGACGGGCGCGCUCGAGGUCAUCUGCGAAGCCUGGCUGCGCGAUCUCUUGUUCGCGCGCGGAGCUCCCGCCUGGCUGCGGCGCCGCUACCUGAGGCUGCGCUACGAGGACCUGGUGCGGCAGCCGCGCACCCAGCUGCGCCGCCUGCUGCGCUUCUCCGGGCUACGCGCGCUCGCCGCCCUCGAAGCCUUCGCGCUCAACAUGACGCGGGGCGCGGCCUACGGCGCAGACAGACCCUUCCACCUGUCGGCGCGCGAUGCCCGCGAGGCCGUGCACGCCUGGAGGGAGCGCCUGAGCCGAGAGCAGGUGCGCCAGGUGGAGGCGGCCUGCGCUCCAGCGAUGCGUCUGCUGGCCUAUCCUCGCAGCGGAGAGGACGACGACCUGGAGCCGCCUGUGGAUGAGGAGAAGCCGCUGGAGACCGAGGCCGACGGCGCCACGUAGCCCCCCGUCGUGCGCCCCCGGGACGGAUCCGGAGGUCUCCUGGCUCGUCAUUCUCUUGCUUUGUAGUGGAACUGAAGGAAUUGGCUCUAUUGAGAGAAACAUUUCUGCCUAGGUGCGGUAUAGAGUAAGAACAGUAAGGACUAAGAGAUAGCCCUGGCCCAAGUUCAAGAACAUGGGGAAGUGGAGAACCCUUUGGGAGCCGAACAGGAAGCAGUUUCAAUUGGAGAAAAGUUGCAGAGCUCAGGGAUGUCUUCAUGAGAAUUGGAACACUUCAGCUUUGCUCCCUGCCUACCCCCCCCUCCGCCCCCGGCCCCGCAGGCACCACGCCAGCAUCCGGGUGUGACAGCUUCUGCAGCUGCCCUCGUUCACAUUAAAGACCGUCGUGCUGGAUGCUGAUAGCGGAUAUUUCUCAGUGAGGGGGUUAAGGGGCUGUGAAGGGCGACCACCACGUCUGACUUCAAGGAUGACCGCGUUCAGAGUGAACAGACUGCCCUCCCCUGAAAUCAACAUGAGUAGCAAGGAGCUUUGCUGUAGGGCGACAUUCUGGAAACAGCCACUGAGGCAGAACGUGUGUUUGUGCGUGCAAUGGAAGCCCUUUCUGUUAAGCCUUUCUUUCGGACAGCAGUGCUAAAAGGAGCCCCAGAAGGCACCGGGCGAGCCGUGAGGACGCAGGGCAGUCCCUGGGCCCUGCUGGCCAGAUGCCGCAAAUCCGGCCGGAAAUGAGAUUGUCUAGAAGGCCAGCUUGGAGAGAUUCAUAUGGUGUGAUUCAUGUCAUUUGGUCGUGGCAACCAGCAGGCCAGAAGCAGAGGAACCAGCCUACCUGAAAAGUCAGAAAUGGAACAUGACAGAAACGUUUGUUAAGGUGUAGGGAGCAGGUGGGGGCUCGGGACCGUGAGUUCUUUUGUAAAGGUGGCAAACUGAGGGAAGUCGGGAGCAGGUGCCAGCGUGAACUUGGGAGGAGGCCAACCGAAGCAGUUUUUACAUACCAGACAGAUCAGGUGAGCUGCAGGGAGAAAGACCCCAGAGCUUUUGAGGUCACUCUCCCCAUGGCUGAGACCAGACUUUACGAGAAAGGACUCGUCACCGUUUCAGAGAGAUCAUGGGAACAGUAAGCCAAAACUACUAAAAUCAAGAGUGUUUUAAAAAUAGGACUUCCUUUCAGACAGCCUAGAGCUGGCAUAUGUGAAAUGUACGGAUUUUAGAAGCAAUGAAAGUAGAUGGCCCUUUCUUGCUCUAAUGAAGCAUAUCACCAACGUGGAUGUAAUAAAGGAAAAUAAUACAUUUCUUCAGGUUCUGCAAACAAUAAAAAAGGUUACCCUU